AUUUUAUCUCUUUGGGGCCAAGGAUAAUAGCCUCUUGCUUCUGUGUAGAGAUUAAUAAUUGAUUAAUUCAUAGUCAGGAAUCUUCGUAAAAGGAAACUAGUUACUUUUGGCUACCACCUUUUACAUGAUCACCUGCAGGAGCCAGGAGGUGCCGCAAGACUCCCUGGUAGAAAAAUGAAGAAGGUCCUGGUACUACUCCUGCUUGCUGUGGCAUUCGGACAUGCUUUAGAGAGAGGCCGAGAUUAUGAAAAGGAUAAAGUCUGCAAGGAAUUCUCCGAUCUGGGAAAGGAGGACUUCACGUCUUUGUCACUAGUUCUGUACAGUAGAAAAUUUCCCAGUGGCACCUUUGAACAGAUCACCAAGCUUGUGGAGGAAGUUGUCUCCUUGACUGAAACCUGCUGUGCCGAAGGGGCUGACCCUGACUGCUAUGACACCAGGACCUCAGCACUGUCUGCCAAGUCCUGUGAAAGUAACUCUCCAUUCCCGGUUCACCCAGGCACUGCCGAGUGCUGCACCAAAGAAGGACUGGAACGGAAGCUCUGCAUGGCGGCUCUGAAGCACCCGCCACAAGAAUUCCCUACCUAUGUGGAACCCACAAAUGAUGAAAUCUGUGAGGCGUUCAGGAAAGAUCCAAAGGAAUUUGCUAAUCACUUUAUGUGGGAAUAUUCCACUAAUUAUGGACAAGCUCCUCUGUCACUUUUAGUCAGUUACACCAAGAGUUAUCUCUCCAUGGUAGGGUCCUGCUGUAUCUCUGCAAACCCAACUGCAUGCUUUUUGAAUGAGAGACUCCAGAUUAAACAUUUAUCACUUCUCACCACUAUGUCAAAUAGAGUCUGUUCACAAUAUGCUGCUUAUGGGGAGAAGAAAUCAAGGCUCAGCAAUCUCAUAAAGUUAAGCCAAAAAGUGCCUACUGCUGAUCUGGAGGAUGUUUUGCCAGUAGCUGAAGAUAUUACUAAUGUCCUCUCCAAAUGCUGUGAGUCUAUCUCUGAUGAUUGCAUGGCCAAAGAGCUGCCUUUACACACAGUAAAAAUCUGUGAACAUUUAUCCACAAAGAAUUCUAAGUUUGAAGACUGUUGUCAAGAAAAAACACCCAUGGAUGUUUUUGUGUGCGUUUACUUCAUGCCAGCUGCCCAAGCCCCUGAGCUUCCAGAUGUGGAGUUGCCGGCAAACAAAGAUGUGUGUGAUUCAGGAAACACCAAAGCUCUGGAUAAAUAUACAUAUGAACUAAGCAGAAGGACUCAUCUUCCAGAAGUAUUCCUCAGUAAAGUACUUGACCCAACCCUAAAAAGACUUGGUGAAUGCUGUGAUGCUAAAGACUCAACUGCCUGUUUUAAUGUUAAGGGCCCUCUACUAAAGAAGGAACUGGCUUCUUUCAUUGACAAGGGACAAGAACUAUGUGCAGAUUAUUCAGAAAAUACAUUUACUGAGUACAAGAAAAAACUGUCAGAGCGACUAAGAGCAAAAUUGCCCGACGUCACACCCAAGGAACUGGCAGGGCUGGUUGACAAGCGCUCAGACUUUGCCUCCCACUGCUGUUCCGUAAACUCACCUCCUCUCUACUGUGAUUCAGAGAUUGAUACUGAAUUGAAGAAUAUCCUGUAGUCCUGAAGCAUGUGUAUUAACUUUGACCUAGAGCCAGAGCCACCCUGGGAAAAUGACCUCUGAUGACUUAACCUAAGCAAAACCACUGAGCUUCUGGGGAGACAACUAGGAUACUUUCUACUUUUUCUAGCUACAGUGUCUUCAUACAAUGAUAAGUAUCAUGAUUUGCUAUCAAAAUAAAUUGAAAUACAAUGCAAACCAUAAA